UUCGCGGCCUUUUCGCCUCCUUGGCUUCCUUUAAUUUAAAGAUAUGUAAGUGUCUAGGUAAGGACGGGAAACUUUGCUGAACCCACAAAUGUGCUGGGAUCUAUUUUAUGUAUGUUGUCUAAAUAAAUCUUAUGGGACAGAAAGCCCCCAUAAAUAGAUGUUUAAGAUAAUAUAGUUUGUUUUUUUCAGAGUUAUUUUUUUAAUCAGAGACACGUAAGAUAUUAAGACUGAAACAGUCGUUAAUUACUUGAACUAGAUUUCCCAGUUGAGUGUUUUGCAGGGGGAGAGUGAAAGAGAUUUUAUUUUUAAAGGUAUAAUUGGAAAUUAUUUAAGUGAAUAUUUAACUUUUUAAAAAUGUUCCUGCCCCUUCAUUUUUAUCUGGGUCUGAAGUAAUUUUUUUCUGCAUAGGUACUCUUAUCUGGUUAUGUCUUGGCCCUUCUCAAACACUAAAUUUUGAUAUCUGCACUCUUUGUGUUAUCUGCUUUUUCUUCUCUGAUACAAAGAACUGUCUUCAGCAGCCCUUUCAACCUUUUUUUUGUGGCCCUGACUAGCUCUGGUUUUAAAUUCCCUCCAAACUAGUGGUUUUCUUUCAAAGAUUUUAUUUAAAAAAAAAUAACUUAAAAGUCUAAUAGUAGCACCUUGGGGCGGGAGUGUGUGUGGAGAGUGGAAGAUGAACACAGCUGCUAGUAGCUAUCCAAUGGCUUCAUUGUAUGUGGGUGACCUUCACCCUGAUGUCACGGAGGCCAUGCUCUAUGAGAAGUUCAGCCCUGCUGGUCCUGUGCUGUCCAUCCGUGUCUGCAGAGAUAUGAUCACCCGUCGCUCCCUGGGAUAUGCCUAUGUCAACUUCCAGCAGCCGGCAGAUGCGGAACGAGCUCUGGACACCAUGAACUUUGAUGUGAUUAAAGGGAAGCCCAUCCGCAUCAUGUGGUCUCAGCGGGACCCUUCCCUGAGGAAAUCCGGGGUAGGGAACGUCUUCAUUAAGAAUCUGGACAAAUCCAUAGACAACAAGGCACUUUAUGACACAUUCUCAGCUUUUGGGAAUAUCCUUUCCUGCAAGGUGGUGUGUGACGAGAACGGCUCUAAGGGCUACGCAUUUGUGCACUUUGAGACACAGGAUGCUGCAGACCGGGCCAUUGAGAAGAUGAACGGCAUGCUGUUGAACGACCGCAAAGUAUUUGUUGGCAGAUUCAAAUCCCGAAAAGAGCGCGAGGCAGAAUUGGGAGCCAAAGCCAAGGAGUUCACUAACGUUUACAUUAAAAACUUUGGGGAUGAUAUGGAUGAUGAGAGGCUCAAGGAGCUCUUCAGCAAAUAUGGCAAGACCCUCAGUGUGAAAGUCAUGACAGAUCCCACUGGGAAGUCCAAAGGCUUUGGCUUUGUGAGCUUUGAAAAGCAUGAAGAAGCUAACAAGGCAGUGGAAGAAAUGAAUGGAAAAGAUAUCAAUGGGAAAAUGGUAUUUGUGGGCCGUGCACAGAAAAAAGUCGAACGCCAGGCAGAACUGAAACGGAAGUUUGAGCAGCUGAAGCAAGAAAGGAUCAGUCGAUAUCAGGGAGUUAAUUUGUAUAUUAAGAACCUUGAUGAUACUAUUGAUGAUGAAAAACUGAGGAAGGAGUUCUCGCCUUUUGGUUCCAUCACAAGUGCCAAGGUGAUGCUGGAAGAUGGUCGAAGCAAAGGUUUUGGCUUCGUCUGCUUUUCCUCUCCAGAGGAAGCCACCAAAGCUGUAACAGAAAUGAAUGGGCGUAUUGUGGGCUCCAAGCCAUUGUAUGUUGCCUUGGCACAGCGGAAGGAGGAGCGGAAGGCCCACCUCACCAACCAGUAUAUGCAGCGCAUCGCCGGGAUGAGAGCUCUGCCCGCCAAUGCAAUCAUCAAUCAGUUCCAGCCACCUGCAGGUGGCUAUUUCAUGCCUGCGGUACCCCAGGCUCAGAACAGACCCACUUACUAUGCACCUAAUCAGAUGACUCAGAUGAGACCCAACCCACGCUGGCAGCAAGGGGGGAGACCUCAGGGCUUCCAAGGAAUGCCCAACACCAUGCGUCAGUCUGGACCACGGCCUUCACUACGCCAUCUGGCUCCAGCUGGUAAUGCCCAGGCCUCACGUGGUCUGCCUGCUGCCUCCCAAAGGGUUGGUGUUACCAACACUGCUCCAAACUUAGCGCCUCGACCCCCUGUGGCUGCCCAGGCUCCCAGAGCAGUUCCUCCGUACAAAUAUGCCUCGAGUGUUCGUAGCCCGCACCCCACGGUACAGCCUUUGCAGGCCUCGCAGCCUGCCGUUCACGUGCAGGGGCAGGAGCCUUUAACUGCUUCCAUGCUGGCUGCUGCCCCUCCCCAGGAGCAAAAACAGAUGCUGGGAGAACGUUUGUUCCCCCUGAUCCAAGCUAUGCACCUCAGCCUUGCAGGAAAGAUCACAGGAAUGCUGCUAGAGAUUGACAACUCAGAGCUGCUGCACAUGUUAGAAUCUCCAGAAUCGCUCCGCUCAAAGGUGGAGGAGGCUGUGGCAGUGUUGCAGGCACACCAAGCCAAGAAAGAAGCUGCCCAGAAAGUGGGCAUAGUUGCUGCUACCUCUUAAACCAGGAAGACUGGUUGUAAAGAAGCCAAAUGGGCCCCUCUCUGGAAGGCAUCAGCUGAAGAUGUUUAGAAAUAACUUUGUCCUGCACUGAUCAACCUCAUGCAACAUAUCAUUUACAAAUGCCCCAGUGUGGAAAUGUUUUAAUAUGCCUUAUCUGAAAAAUAAAAUUCCCUUACAGCAUUUGGGUUUCCAAGACUUAAAUAUGCAACUUUUCAUUGCCAUUAUGAAGUUUAGUCCUUUUUUUGUCUUCCAUAAGCAGGACACUGAAGUUUUCUGAUUGAAUGUUUUCAUUGUGGUUUUGGCUUUAAUUGAAAAAAAUCCCAU